AUGUCUUACAAUGAGCCAAAUAAUCUUCAUCCAUCCUGUGUUAUGAUCUAUCGUGUGAAUAAUGAAGAAGAAAUCACCAUUAGGAAUCAUGAGAAUAUCAUUUAUUCGAGAUUUUUCAAACCCCUUGAAACUGGUGAGACAUUGUUGACAAGAUUUCUGGACGACUUUCACGGCUAUCUGGAGUCUGAUCCUCUGAAAUCCGUUGAAAAUGACAUCAGAUCCACUCAGGCUUCUUUAGGAAGUGCCAGAGGAUCUCUGAAUAAGAAAUUUCUCAAUAUUGUGCAUGAUCUGAGAGCAAUAGAUGAUGCUAUUCAAAAGAGACCAAUCUGCGAGAUUGAUGAUGAGCUCUUCAAUGGCUUUCUGAUUGUAGACAUUGUGAUUGAAGAAACGUCGAAUAUGCCCAAGAAAGUGGCUGAAAUUGAGGAAAUUUUUCUGAAAUGGUUAAAACAGAUUAAUACAAUUCUCGUAAAAUGUCAUCAGAUUUACAAAGAUCCUCCUGGGGCGAGUCCUCUUGAUGAACUGAAGCACUGGAGAAGUGUAAUCAUUGAGUACAGUUUUGUUGAAGAUGAAAUCAAGAAGAAGGAAUUUGUAAAUGUUGAAAAAUGCCUCACAUUGGCAAAAUCCAGCCUUAUAAAGGAAUGGAAGAAAACUAAAGAAAAUUUGCAUAUUUCUCGCACUAAAGCAGAUGAUAAAUAUACCUUUCUCAAUUCCAUUGCAAAAUUCUUCCAUAAUCUCGAUGAGAAGUCUCCAUGGGACAUUCUGGAUCAAUUUAGAAGUCUCUUAAUAGUGAUCAAAAAUGUCAAUGAUAUGUCUCUAUACUACGGAAAGCCCAAGAGUAUUUGUGAAUUUGUAAAAAUUUUCAUAAAUCAAUUGGUUUUGGCAUGUCAAAAUUACAUUGAGGGUGAAGAUGGAUCUGUGUGGUCCCAGGACAAAUCAAAAGUUUGCGAAAAGAUCAGAGUCUCGAGACAUUUACUCACAACUUUUGAAGAGAAGUACAAUGAAAUUGCUGAUUGGGAAUGUUCACUGCAGAGUAUCUUCCAUGAGAAGUCUUACAUGAUGAAGAAGAUGCUACACAUUGAAGAAAUCCUUAAUAUCAUGGAAUCCUUUGCGGUUCUUGAUCGAAUAAGGAUGUCUUCCAUGGAAGGAUAUUCUAAGAAAAUGAAGAGUAAUUUUAAAGAAAUGGUUAGUGCUACUCUUUCACCUUUUGACUGCAACAACAGAGACUUUGAAGAACAAUAUCAGAGGUUCUUGAAGGAUACCAAAGAAGUCGAGAUGCAAAUUUCUCAAAUGAUGAUAGAAAAGAUCAAAGAAUGUCCCACUUCAAGUUCAAUGCUUCUGAUUUUGAAUCAAUAUAAAAAAUUUAAUUUAAAAGCUCUCUGUAUCAGGCAACAAUAUGUCGAAGUCGUGAAGAAGCUCGAAGAUGAAAUUAUGAACCUCUUUGAUGUAUCAAUUCCCUUGGUUUUCCUGGACAUAAUGACUCCUCAUCUUAAAAAAAUUGACCGAAUGUUCAUAGAGGGACAAACAGUUCUUUUCUGGAUGUCCAAUUACCUUCCAAUUUUUAUCGCUGAUCUCAACAAAGUGCUAGACAAUGUUGAACACCAUGUCAAACAGAUUAAUGAUCGUAUACUCAUCAUUGAAGAAAAUCUAAAGGACAUAUCGGAAAUAACUCUAGCUGUGGUUCCAGAAGUUGCGCUAACAGUUGAUGAGAUCAGAAAAAUGAAUGUGGAUCAUUUGAACAAUAUGAAGAGCGUGAUAUCUUCAAAAUCGAAUUUGAUCGAAAAGUUGGUAAUCGAUAUGAUCAAGAAAUUUUGCGAUUUAGUAGAUUUUCCAGCACUCAAUUCAAAGAAUGAACCACAAUUUCUCAUAAAGACAGAAGCGAAAGAUUAUUCAAAAGAUUAUUCAAAAGAUAGUGAUACAACUAUACGAUUACCAAUUGACAAGUAUGACUGGAUUGACUUUGCUGAUCUUCCCAGGAAGGUCAUAUUGCCAUCUGAAGAGGAUGAAGCUCUGCUCCUGUACAAAGAAUUUGAUAAAAUCAUCUUCAAUGUGAGAUUCUUCCAUAGAUCUUGCAUGGAUGUCUUCAAUUUUUUCUUUGAUCAAUUUUUAACGAGCCUCGUUAAUGCUUUUCAAAGUACCCUUACCUUCCUCAGGAAAUACUUCAUCAAAAGAUAUGAAGAAAGCGAAACAAUUCAUCCAAUUAUUAAAGCUGAUUUAAUUAUGAAUUCCUAUGAAUUUUCCUUGCAACCAACAGUUAAAGAGAUUGAAGCUGGAAUUCAUCAAAUUCUCAAUAAUUUGAUAUUUUUCUUCAACAAUAUUGAACCUUGGGGCUUGAUGGCAAAAACUAAUGAACGGAAGAAGAUGCGUCUCAAUGAAUGGGAAAGAUUGUAUCCAACAAAUGUGUCCCCUUUUAUUGCAGAACGUAUUGAUUUUGCACAGAUUUUUGGGGAUUUUUAUUUGGAUCUGGAGAAGGAUGUACAAAUAUUGAUCGAGGACCUUAAAAAUGACUAUGAAUAUCUUUGGACCCUUAAUAAGAAAGAGAUCAACAAUCAAAUAAUCCAAUCAAAACCAUCAACCAUUGAAGUAGAAAAGAUUCUUGAUGAACUUUCAGAAGCCGUAGUUGAUAUUGAAACCCAGAAAACACGUACUUUUGAUGCAAUCCCUCUUACAAUAUCAAUUGAAAAGGCAAUGGAUAGCAUUUUGUAUGAAAUCUGGAAUUGGAAGAAAGAUCUCAAUGAAGACAUUCUUCGAGGCAUCAAGAGGGAAGUUAACAAUUUAGAUAAGUCUAUUCAGAAACAUAUAACUACUCUCAAAAGACCUCUUAAAGAAAUCGAUGAUGUCCACAGGGUCUUUGAAUGCCUGACAAUUGUUAGGGAAACCGACAUAGAGAUAGUUAAACAAAGAGAUAUGGCAUCAGAGAUUCUCUAUCUUCUAAAGUCCCAUGGCUAUAUCGUUCCUGAGGGUGAUUUUGAUGCAAUAUACAAACUUGAUCGAAGUCAUAGCGAAUUGAUGAUACUAGAAAAGGAGAUGAGGAAGCAAUUGUUGGAAAUUUCAGAUCGUAUGGAAGCAGAUUUGAUGCAGAAAACCAAGGAUUUUGAAGAGGAAUGGGAAAGUUUUGAAGAAGAGUAUCACAAUUCAGGACCUCUUAUACCAGGAAUACCUGGAAAAGUUGCAUCAGAUCGACUUUUCCUGUUUUCAACUCGUUUUGAUCAGAUCUUCAAGCUCUACGAGACCAUUCAGAGUGGUGAGAAGUUGUAUGGAUUUCCAGUGAGUGAAAAUAAGAGUGUUAUUGUGAGGAAAAAAGAACUUGAAUCUCUCAAAAAACUAUACAAUCUCUACAAUGAUAUUCAAAAUCUGGAUACCAAGUACCGUCAAACAAAGUGGUUUGAAGUCAAUGUAGAGAAAUUAAUGGAGGAACUUAAAGAAAUCCAGAGUAGAUUCACAAGACUACCUUCUAGUCUCAAACAGUGGAAAGCCUAUGAAGAGCUCAAAAGGAAACUAACAGAGAUGAAUGACAUUUGUCCGUUGAUAGAUCUCUUGCGCAACGAAGCAAUGAAGGAUCAUCAUUGGAACAAUCUCAGUAAAUGUCUUAAGAUCCCAUUGGACAUCAACAGUGAUCAAUUUACUCUUGGCACAAUCUUAGAAGCUUCAAUUCUUGAAGUCCGAGAUGAAAUUGAAGAUAUUGGCAUAGCAGCUCUUAAAGAAAAAGAAAUUGAGGAAAAAUUACGUCAAAUUGACGAAACUUGGACUAACAUGAAUUUCCCCGUUGCAGAAUUUAAGGGUCGUGGAAAUUUUUUGCUAAAAGGAACAGAAACUCAGGAUCUUCUUGCACAACUAGAUGACACCCUUUUGGUACUUAAUUCAUUGGCUGCCAAUCGAUACAAUGAGGUCUUUAUGAAACGAACCCGACUUUGGAUAGAGAAGCUCACAAAAACCAGCAGUAAUCUAGAUAUGUGGCUUCAGGUUCAAAAUCUAUGGCUCUAUCUUGAAGCGGUAUUUAUGAGUGGCGAUAUAUCCCGCCAACUUCCCGUUGAAGCAAAACUCUUUUCAAAUGUUGAUUUGAAUUUCUCGAGAAUUGUCUACAGAGCACUUGGAAUUGAUAAAGUUGUAGAAUGUUGUACACAUCCUGAUUUACAAGCAGUCUUUCCCAUAAUUAUGAUAGAUUUGGAACAUUGUCUAAAAUCACUGUCGAGUUACUUGGAGAAGAAGAGAAGGUUGUUUCCAAGGUUUUUCUUCAUUUCUGAUGCCAUCUUAAUUGAAAUCCUUGGUGAAUCUACGGAUCCUAAAGCUAUUCAGCCACAUUUAAUCAGUCUCUUUGAUGGUAUAUCGAAAGUGAGUUUCAAAGAAGACACCCAAGAUCAAAUUGAAGCCAUUCUGUCGACAAAUGGAGAGAAGGUUCCCUUAAUAAAACUUGUAGGGUGUGCUGAUAGUGUUGAAAUUUGGCUUGGAGAAUUGCUCAAAGAAAUGCAAAAUACCAUUAAGAUUAUUGCUGCAGAUAUGGCUAGAGCAGUUGUCGAGAAGAAAUUCAACUUUGUGACGGAAUUUGAAAAAUAUACCGGACAAAUGGGAAUAAUAGGACUUCAAAUCCUUUGGACAGAACGAUCAGAGUUAGCCCUGAGGAAGAGUAAAUAUGAUUCUUCCAUUAUGAAGCAAACUAAUAUAUUUUUCCUAGAACUUCUAAAUCAACUGAUUGAUCAAACUGCAUCGGAACUUACACCAUUGGACAGGAUAAAGUAUGAAGCUAUGAUUACUAUUCAUCUUCAUCAAAGGGAUAUCUUUCAGACGCUUUAUAGCAUGAAGGUAACCAGUAGUCAGAAUUUUGAAUGGCAGAAACAACAGAGGUUCUACCUUAUUGAAGAAACCGAUGUCAUUGCUAUCAAGAUCACAAAUGUCAAUUUCAACUAUCAGAAUGAAUACCUUGGUGUUACUGAUCGUUUGGUAAUUACUCCUCUUACCGAUCGUUGCUAUAUAACAUUGGCUCAGGCUAUUUCUUUGAAUAUGGGAGGAGCACCUGCUGGUCCAGCUGGAACUGGGAAGACAGAAACUACUAAGGAUAUGGGAAAGAGUCUUGGGAAGUAUGUUGUAGUCUUCAAUUGCUCAGAUCAAAUGGAUUUUCGUGGAUUGGGACAGAUUUUCAAGGGACUUUCUGAAUCAGGAUCCUGGGGAUGUUUCGAUGAGUUCAACCGAAUUGAAUUGUCUGUCCUUUCUGUUGCGGCUCAACAAAUAGGUAUCCUGCUAAAUGCACGAAAGGAAGGUAGACAAAAGUUCACUUUCAGUGAUGGUGAAUCCUUGAAAUUGAACAUGGAAUUUGGUAUAUUUAUUACAAUGAAUCCUGGAUAUGCUGGGCGUCAGGAGUUACCGGAAAACCUUAAAGUCAUGUUCAGAUCAGUUGCGAUGAUGGUGCCAGAUCGACAGAUCAUUAUACGGGUCAAACUUGCAAGUUGUGGCUUCAAAGAGAACAUUAUACUGGCUCGGAAGUUCUUCACUCUCUACAAAUUAUGUGAAAAUCAAUUAUCCACUCAAAUUCAUUAUGAUUUUGGAUUGAGAAAUAUCCUGUCAGUUCUUCGUACACUUGGUGUUCAAAAACGUUCUAACGUCAAGGAAAGUGAACAGGCUACUCUUAUGAGAGUACUUACAGAUAUGAACCUAUCUAAAUUGAUUGCCGAAGAUAAACCCAUAUUUCUAUCUCUCAUCCAUGAUCUCUUUCCAAAUGUAAAGCUGUACAAAUCUCAGUACAGUGAUCUUCAGAGUUCAAUAAAGGAAUACACUAAGCGUGAGAACUUGAUAAAUGCUCCGGAUUGGAAUCUCAAAGUGCAGCAACUCUAUGAGACUUGCUUGGUCAGGCAUGGCAUAAUGGUGAUGGGAGAAACAUUUACCGGCAAAACUACAGCUAUGAAAGCUUUGCUUGAACAUUUCGGAAACAUUGGACAGAAGUAUCAGACCAUGAGGAUGAAUCCAAAAUCCAUAACAUCAGCUCAAAUGUUUGGAAGACUCGAUGUAGCAACGAAUGAAUGGACUGACGGUAUCUUUUCAAUACUCUUUCGUAAGAUCAGCAAAGUUAAAGACAAUGAAUAUUUCUGGCUUAUUCUGGAUGGACCAGUGGAUACCAUUUGGAUUGAAAAUCUCAAUUCAGUUCUCGAUGACAACAAGACCCUUACUCUUGCAAAUGGUGAUAGGAUUGUCAUGUCGCCCAAUUCAAAGUUAAUUUUUGAAGCUGACAAUGUUGACAAUGCCUCACCAGCCACAGUAUCACGACUUGGAAUGGUCUACCUCAGUUCGUCAGUUCUUAAGUGGUCCGACAUCCUAAAGAGUUGGGAAGUAAAGACUAAGAAACACAUUGCUAAACCGGCUAAGAAAUGCUUUGAUGAAAGUUUCAAAGAACUCUUGGAGUUUGUUACUACAAAGUUAUCUCCGAAAAUGAAGAUUACUGAAAAUGCUUAUGCUAGACAAUGCACAGAUAUUCUGAAUUGCUUGAUCAAGUCUCAAUCUGGUAUCCUAGAAGAGGAUGUUGUCCAGAAGCUUGCUCUAUACUCAAUGAUUUGGUCCUUGGGAGCAUUACUAGAUACAAAUGAUAGAAAGAAAUUGCAGAAGUAUAUUCAAAAUCAUCCAGCAAGUCUACCAUGGCCAAAAGUCUCUGACGACCAGUCGAUUUUUGAUUUCUUCAUUAAUGACAUAGGAGAGUGGGAGCACUGGAAAACCAAUAUUGCAGAUUAUGUUCAACCAAUUGGAGAAUCUCUGAGAUUUUCCCAAAUAAUCAUUCCUAAUGUAGAAAGUAUUCAGAUGACUUAUCUACUAAAACUUCUUUGGAAGGAGAAGAAGUCGGUUUUGUUGAUUGGAGAGCAAGGGACUGGAAAAACCAUUACAAUACAGCAACUGAUGAGAACGUUCAAUCCUGAGGAAUACACAACGAAAACUUUGAACUUCUCUUCCCUAACUACGCCAGAUAUGUUUCAAAGGACUAUUGAGGGCAAUGUGGACAAGAGAACUGGAACCACAUAUGGUCCACCUGGACACAAGAAACUAACUCUCUUCAUUGAUGAUCUGAACAUGCCGAUGAUCAACGAAUGGGGUGAUCAAACUACAAAUGAAAUUGUUCGUCAACUUAUGGAGUUUGAUGGAUUUUAUUCGUUGACAAGACUUGGGGAGUUCAAUAAAAUACACGAUCUUCAAUUCUUAGCUGCAAUGAUUAAUCCCGGUGGCGGACAAAAUGAUAUACCAAAUCGUCUGAAGAGACAGUUUACGAUUUUCACAUGUGCAUUACCGAGUGAAAAUUCCAUCGAUAGGAUAUUUACUGAAAUAGCUAAGGGGUACUUCCAUCCUAGUCGAUUUACAAGUGAAAUCGUAGACUUUUACCCGACUUUGGUCAAAAUGACGAGAAAACUAUGGCAGAUUACCAAGGACAACCUACUACCGUCUCCCGCCAAAUUCCACUAUGUUUUCAAUCUUAGGGAUAUUUCUCGUAUUUGGCAAGGAAUCCUUCAAAUUGAACCAGCUGAAUGUCAGACAAUUGAGAAUUUGCUAAGACUCUGGCUCCAUGAAACACGAAGAGUAAUGGCAGAUCGGUGUAUUGUUAUUGAGGAUCAACAAUGGUUUGUUAAUGUUCAAAAAGAUCUUUGUGGAGAAUUUGUGAAAACUUUAUCUGAAGAAGCCUUGGAUGAUGAUAUCUAUUUCGUAAAUUUUCUGAGAGACAUCCCUGAAGUCGACGAAGCUGAUAGCGAGAACAUAGAUAACGAAGCCUUACUGGAAGUACCUAAGGUCUACGAAGAAGUGAAGAACACUGAUAAUUGUGUCAAGAAAAUAGAAAUGUUUAUGGGACAAUUCAAUGAAAGCGUUCGUGGAGGAAAGCUGAAUUUGGUUCUGUUUCAAGAUGCUCUAAAACAUUUAGUUAUCAUUUCGAGGAUCCUCAACAUGGAAAGGGGUAAUGCUUUGCUUGUUGGCAUUGGUGGUUUCGGUAAGAGAAGUCUUACCAAACUAGCUACAUUCAUUGCGGGAUAUGAGUUCUAUAGCAUAACUCUUACAACUGGAUAUAAUACCACAAAUCUCCUUGAAGACAUAAAGACAGCCUACAAGAGGGCCGGGCUAGGCAAUGGUGUCACGUUUCUCUUUACAGAUGCUGAUGCUGUGGAUGAAACUUUUCUGGACUAUUUGAACAAUCUUCUGACUUCUGGUGAAAUUCCCAAUCUUUUCUCCAAGGAAGAGUAUUCAGAUAUAGCUAAUGAACUGUCAACGGCGUUGAUGAAGACAGGUGAUCCCAAAGCGGUCUACACUCUUGAGAAAUUGAUUCAGAUCUUUAUGUCUUCCGCUAAGAAAAAUUUUCAUUUAGUCCUUUGCUUUUCACCUGUUGGAACCAACCUAAGGGCAUGGACAAUAAAAUUUCCAGGCUUAUUGUCGGGAUGCACCAUUGAUUGGUUUCAAGAUUGGCCAGAAAGUGCAAGACUAGCAGUAGCUCAGCAUAUUUUGAAAGACUUUGAUAUAAUCUGUGAUGCCAAAGCUAAGGAAAAUCUUAUAAAAUCUAUUACUGAUAUUCAUGGGAUUGUUCAAGGAGUUGCAGAUGAGUAUUUUGAGAGAUUCCGACGAAAGGUAUACAUUAUCCCUAAGAAAUUUCUAAAUUUCCUGGAAAACUACAAGGAACAGUAUGUAAAGAAGAAACUUCAGAUUGAGACAAUGUCCAACAGGAUGAAAGGUGGAAUUCAGAAACUCCUUGACGCAGCAGAUGCAAUUAAAAUUCUUAAAGUUGAACUCCUAGACAAGGAGAAAGAUAUCGAUCAAGCUACAGCACAAGCAGAUAAAGCCCUAAAACUCGUUGAGGAGUCUACAAAAGUGGCAGAAGAAGCUCGUAAUAAAGUAAUGGUGAUCAAAACUGAAGCUGAAGUCUUGGUGGAUGAAAUUGAGAAAGAUAAGGAAGUUGCUGAAAAGAAACUUGAAGAUGCUCGACCAGCACUAGAAGAAGCUGCCCAAGCCUUAUUGACUAUAAAAUCAACUGAUAUCUCAACUGUUCGCAAACUAGCUAAACCUCCUCAUUUAGUUACCCUUAUCAUGGAUGCCGUUCUCAUAUAUUUCAAUGAAAAAAUUGAAAAAGUCUCUCUUGAUAAGGAGAAGAAGUUUCUGAAUGCUUCGUACAAGACUUCCUUAAAAAUCAUGGCUAGUACAAAAUUCCUUCCGAGACUUUUGAACUUCAAUAAAGAUCGGAUCAAUGGUGAAACAAUGGAUCUCCUUGUACCGUAUCUAAGAUAUAAGAGUUAUAAUUUUGCUGCGGCAAAUUUAGCUUGCGGAAAUGUGGCUGGUUUGUUGUCAUGGACAAUUGCUAUGACUAAGUACUAUGCCGUUAAUCGGGAAGUACUUCCUCUAAAAGCUGCAUUAGUUAUUCAGGAAGCUAAAUAUCGAACAGCUUUGAAAGAGUUGGAAAAAGCUGAAACUAUGCUUAAAGAAACAGAAAAUGAGCUGGCUGUUAUACAAAAAGAACUCAACGAAACUAUGGCAAGGAAGGAAGUUGUUAUGGCAGAAGCUACAGAGUGCAAGAAUAAAUUGGAUGCAGCAUCCCAAUUGAUAUCAGGUCUUGGAGAGGAAAAAGUUCGCUGGAGUGAACGAAUUGAACAAUUUAAAGAUGAAAUUCAGAUGUUAGUCGGUGAUAUCUUCUACAUUUGUGGCUUCUUAUCAUAUGCCGGAGCUUUCAAUGAAGAAUUCCGUAGCUUGGUGUUGAAUACGCUAAAGAAGAAACUUGAAGAAUAUCAAGUUCCACAUCAGGAAUCCUUCAAUUUGGUCAACUACUCAGUUGAUCGAAGUGUUGUAAGUGAAUGGAUGCUCUUUGGUCUUCCUGAUGAUGACUUUUCAAUCCAAAAUGGCAUCUUAGUGACUCAAUCGGAUAAGUAUCCACUUUUGAUUGAUCCUCAAUCUCAAGGAGUAUCCUGGAUUGAACAGAUGGAGAGUAAAAAUGGACUGAUUAUUCUGCAGCAGAAUAUGAGAAACUUCCAAAUGAAGAUGGAAAAUGCCAUUGAAAACGGGCAUGUUGUAUUACUGAAAGAUGUUGAUGAAAAAAUUGAUCCGUGCCUGACGAAUGUCCUGGAUAAAAAUCUCGUAAAGAGUGGUACAACACUUAAAGUUGUCAUUGUGGACAAGGAAGUGACUUGGAAUGAGAAUUUUAGGCUGUACAUCACAACUAAGAUGGAAAAUCCAUUCUAUAGCCCAGAAAUUUCCUCCAUAACAACUAUUGUUGAUUUUACAGUAACAAUAAGUGGACUUGAGAACCAACUUCUUGGACGUGUGAUUCGUUACGAGAAGGCUGAAUUGGAACAAGAACGGGUGAAAUUAAUUGAAGAUAUUACGAAGAAUGUGAGAAUUAUGGAGGAGUUAGAGAAGAAUCUACUUGAGAAACUAUCUUCAAUUGAGGGGAGUAUAUUGGAUGAUUUAACUCUUCUUGAGAUGUUGAAUAACAGCAAAGCAACUUCAAUUGAUAUCAAAAAGAAGUUGAUCAGUGCGGGGAAGACCGAAGUGAAGAUUAACAGUGUAAGAGAAGAGUAUCGAUCAAUUGCCACGAGAGGAAGUAUUUUGUACUUCCUUAUUUCAACUCUACCGGAAAUCAAUCAUAUGUACCGAACAUCUUUGGCUCAAUUCCUCGUUAUAAUUGAUAAAUCCUUAGUACAAGCAAAACCAUCGACAAAUUUAACAACGAGACUCUUGUCUAUCAUCAACAAGAUGACCAUAAACAUCUUCAGAUAUCAAAGUAGGGGUCUAUACGAGAAGCAUAGAUAUACUUUUGCUCUUCUUAUGGCCUUAAAAAUUGAUCUUCAAUCGGGGAAGGUAGAUCCUUUGGAAUUUGGAUAUUUCUUGAAAGGUGGUUCUGCUAUUGAUCCAUCAAGCGUACCAAAAAAUCCUUUUAAGUGGCUCCAAGAUAACGUUUGGCUCAGUACUAUUGAACUGGCUACGUUGGAAAAAUUCUCAACAAUACUUGAUGACAUGGUGGCUAGAGAAAAUGCCUGGAAGGGUUGGUAUUCAAAGGCUAAUCCAGAAAAAGCUGUCAUUCCUUUUAAAUUGAGCAAUGGAGAGAAUCUCAAUAAUUUCCAUAAGCUUCUAUUGAUCAAGGCUUUCUGUCCUGAUCGCGUUCUCAGUCAAAGUCAGAAAUAUAUUAAUGAAUCAUUGGGCAGUGAUUUUCUACAACCGAUCCUAAUUAGCUUCAAUGAGCUUUGUGAAGAAAGUUCGGCUGUAACACCUCUUAUUUGUCUCCUAUCAAUGGGAUCUGAUCCAACAGCUGACAUUACUGAACUGGCAAGGAAACAUGAAGUAACUUUGUAUAGUGUUUCAAUGGGUCAGGGUCAAGAGAUUUUAGCCAGAAAGCUCUACGAGAAUGUGAUGUCAGAGGAAGGUGGAUGGUUACUUAUUCAAAAUUCGCAUUUGGCGUUGGAUUACAUGAAUGAACUCUUUCUGGAAUUGACUGAGAAAGAGAAACACCAAAAUUAUCCAGAUAAUACGAGAAUAUGGAUAACAUCUGCUGAAGAUGAGAAAUACCCGAUUAAUUUACUUCAGAUAUCCAUUAAGUAUUCCAAUGAUCCCCCUUCUGGACUUAAAGCAGGACUGAAGAUGACCUAUGGAAACUUAACUCAAGACAUGUUGGACUUUUCGAAUUCGAAAUACUACAUUCCCCUUAUUUAUGCCAUAUCUUUCAUGUAUACCGUUGUACAGGAACGAAGAAAAUACGGCCCUAUUGGAUGGAAUAUCCCCUAUGAAUUUAAUUCAGCUGACUGGCUAUCGAGUUGUAUGUUUGUUCAGAAUCAUCUUCAGGAAGUGGAAUCAAGAGUCAGUUCACUAAAUUGGUCUGCAAUUCGAUACAUGCUGAGUCAGGUUCAUUUCGGUGGAAGAGUUACAGACAACAUGGAUAAGAGACUCCUAACGGCCUUCACGCAAAUGUGGUUUGAAAAUUCCAUCAUCCAGGAUGACUUUCAACUUCGUCCUGGAUAUCCUGUGAUUAAAUUAAAAACCAAAGAAGACUAUUUGGAUUAUUUUGAGAAAAUGGAUGAGGCAGAUGGACCAGAAAUAUGUGGACUUCAUCGAAAUAUAGAAAUUAAUUACAAUGUUAUGGUUGUUGAAAAUAUUCUCAAUACAGCCCUUGCUGUUCAACCAAAAGGUGCUGGUGGAGCUACCAGAGAUGGAGAGUCCAGAGAGUCCCAAGUGACACGUCAAACAAAGGAAUUACUCCAAAAACUUCCUGCCCAAUUUGAUAUGCAUGAGGUUGAAUUGAGACUCGUGGAAAUGGAUAUACUGAAUCCAAUGGCAAUAUUCCUCAGACAAGAAAUUAACUCCAUGCAGUACCUUUUGGGAGUUAUUGGGAAGAAUCUGAAGGAUUUACUUUUGGCAAUUGAUGGGAUGAUCGUUAUGAGUGCUGCCCUGCAAGAUACCAUGGACACAUUGUAUGAUGGAAAGAUUCCCAAGGCGUGGGAGAAAUGUAGUUGGCCGACAACUGAGAGACUCGGGUUCUGGUUUGGGGACUUACUCAAGAGAAAUGAGUUUCUUCGCUCUUGGUGCUUCAAUGGACGACCUAACCUUUUUUGGUUUGCUGGCUUAUUCAAUCCCAAUGGCUUCCUAACAGCUAUUCGUCAAGAAGGUGUCAAACGUCACAAUGAUUGGCCCCUGGACAGUGUUAUUUUGGAUAAUAGUGUGCUCAACAUGUUUGCCAGUGAUUGCAAGAAAGCUGUUAAGGAGGGAGUCCUAGUUCAUGGUUUAGUACUCGAAGGAGCUGGUUGGGAUCGUAAAAAUUCGGCUUUGUGUGACCCUCAGUCAAAAUUGAUUUAUACCCAAAUGCCAGUUUUUCACAUUUUUGCAAUAUCUGGCAAAGUACCAAGGGAUUAUGACUACUAUGAGUGUCCAGUUUAUAGGACAAGUAGGAGGCAGCAUUGUAUUACGACAUUGAGAUUGAGGACUGUGAAGAAGGCAAAGGAGAAGGAUACCAAUUGGAUUCUUAGAGGAACUGCCCUGAUCACCAAGUCAAAUUGAUAUGUAUGUGUGUGUGUGUUCAUGUGAAGAGAUGGUGGGGGAAUUGUGUAAAUAUUUACAGGAAAAAAUAGCAACUGCCGGCGACAAUAAA